UGGAACAAACGACCCAUCAGAUUUUAAAUUGAAUGCCUAAUUAAACAUUUAAACUUGCAUUAUUUAUCUGAUAUACCAUUGGUUUUUUAUCUUGAUAUUGUUUACUCGAUUUAAUGUCGGGUUCGGGAUAUAAAAGUAUAUUCAAAAUUAGUGGGUACCGUAUCAAAAUAAUUAGCAACAUUACAUAGGGAAAAAUAGAUUGAUAUGUUUUGUGAUUUAUUAUGGAUGAAAUAUUCUGCCAAAUGAUAAAAGAAUGGUUGCAACAGUAACAUGCCAUCUGCGCGGGAGGUUUUAUCCCCAUUAACUACACCAAAUAUUUUUAACUCUGUCUCAAACAUCAUAUCUCCUGCCUCGAGCCGGCAUGUGAGUCUCAAAAGUCCCGUCCCAAUGUUGACGGCAGAACACGAUGAUGCAGCAGAAAAAAGAGAGCGGAGGCGCUCCAGAAUUAUUCAGCUACAGCAGCGAGUUGGUAGUCCAGCAUCUCCAGGGGAAAGAAGAAGGUCAUUGCCACUUAGUGGACUCAGUGCCACUCAACUUGCAGAUCAUUACUCCAGCUGUAUAAAACUUUCUGCAGAAAAUAAAAUCAAUGCCAAGAAUGCAUUUGGAUUGCAUUUAAUUGAUUAUAUGUCAGAUUUGGUGAAGAAGAAAGAACUGGACAAUUUUCAGGUUGCUAGUACCACUCUGGAUGCCAGUGCAAAGAUCUAUGCAGGAAGAGUGGAUGCCAUCCAUGCAGAGACUUAUAAAGUCUUGACUGGAUUAGGGCGUAGUGGGGAGAAAUCCAAAGAAGAUGAAGAUGGAGAGGAGGCAAUGGAAGAUGAUGGUGUGCCAGGAGAGGAUCAACCUGAGGAAGUCAAGAAGAAGAAAAGGACAAAAAAGAACAACACGAUAGAGUCCAACCUGAAAAACAUCAAUGUCAGUAAAGUAGACCUUGAAUUUGAGGUGGAUCCUUUGUUUAAAGUGAUGUCUGCGGCGUUUGAUGAAGGUGGCAGUAGUGGUUUGUUGUUGAACAAUCUGCGCUGUUUUGACGAUCGACAAGACCUCGUCCUAGACUCUUCGUCGGAUGUUGCUCAAGUAGAUUACUCCAUUGAUAUAUCACAACGAAAACCUUUAGAAAUGUCUGAAAUUAAAGGAAUGUUUAGAGGAGUUGACCUUAACUCUAAAGAGGUGUGUCCAUCCUUCUCCAGUUUUGAGUUCAGUAACUGGGACUCUUCUAUGGAGACAUCAGUGGUACCCUCUGGGUCCAAUACCCAUGCCUUUGAUAUAAACGCGGAGACGGAACCUAUCGAGGAAUCGGAGCACUAUAUGGCUGAUCUCCCUGCUGAUAUAGAAGACAUGGCGGUGGAGGGAGCGUUUGGGGAAGAUAAUGCAGAGGAUGAUGGGGACGCAGGGGGAGAUAACCAGAUAACAGAGAAAUCCAUAUGUAUAGGAGAUGGUAAAGCGGCAGAGCUGAUGCAGAGCGCAAUCCGAGAUCUCACGCACGGAACGACGGGGACCCUCCUGAGUGUGCUGGCGUCCGAGCCCUCAGACUACUCCUACUUCAACAAGGCUCUGCUGAGGGCGUGGGCGGGGCCGGCCCACUGGAGAAUCGGACCUCUGUCCAAAGAUCCAAGAACAAAAUCUCAAAUGGACAAAACACAGAAGAACAAGAAGGCCUUGUUAGACAUAGAUUAUGACACAGUGAAGGAGGAGAAAGACUUUGCGAAGUACUUUAAGCCCUCCAAGUCUUUGACUCUGACCAAGUCGACACUCACCAAGUACAGCAAAGAGAAGAACACCCUACCAAAGGAUCUCCACUACGAUGCGGACAAGCUGUUCCGACUCUUCUGUAAAAGUCAGGUCAUGAUAAAAAGACAAGACACAGUCUCAGAGGAUAUAGAUGAGGAAAUAGAAAACUACAACUAUGAGAAUCCAAAUGACAAGGAGAACUAUUGUCCAAAGGGAGACGAGGAGGUUGACGAUGACGAUGAAGCGGUCGGUGGAUUCGACUUUACAGCAGGUGAAGGCACUUUUAGUCAAGAUGACUACACCAUGCAACCAGACAGUUCACUCAAUAAUACAACACUAAUGGGAGAUAAACUGGUCUCCCAACCCAAUAAGGUUGCAAAGAUAGACAUUAACUAUGCAAAGACAGCAAAGAAACUAGAUGUUAAGAAGCUAAAGGGGGUUAUCUGGCAUCUACUGACCACUAAAUCCAAGAAGGCAGGUGAAAACGGACCAGCCAGUGAAUCAAUGGAGGAAACAGAGGCAGCAGGGUCCAAGGAAAAACCCACAGAGAAUGGACCGGACUCCUCCAAAGAGGGCAGUGUGGGAACAGACAUGGAUGGCACUUUGUCAUUUCAGGAACUUCUCAACGAUCUACCUCAGAAUGUAUCUACUCACAUGGCAAAGAACCUUAGCGUUCCCAUCGCAUUUGUUUGUCUGCUUCAUCUCGCCAAUGAAAAGACUUUGAAAAUUGAGAGUGAAAACAUGAGUGACUUGAAGAUUACUCAGGGAAUCUGAUGUACAGGCACCAAAUACAGCAAUACCAUUGUACACCAGUGUGUGUUCUAACGCACAAAAAUUAGAUAAAACCAGGGAAUCUUCCAAGUCCUGAUUGAUAAGGCAAUUACUACUCAGUUAAGGAAAGAGUGAUACUUUAGAAAAUGACACUUCACUCAUUGGUUGUUUUCAAGCCUAAACAAAAGUUUAAAGAUUUGUAUGUUUGGUGCUUGAUAGUAAAAUUAGGUUUAAAAAAGAGAAAUGAGAUAACAGCUCAUCUUGUCAUCAUAUUUCUUUAUUAAUACGGAGUUUUCCUGUGAGAAUGGUUAUAUUGUUUAUAUUUUUUGGGGGGGGGGGGGCUGAGGAUAAUGUACAAUAUGUAUUUAUUAAACCUUCAAAUUUUUUAUUGUUUGUAUUUUACUUGGACCACUUACUGUAUUUUUUAAUUAGUUUAUAGGUGGUAUUUAUAAUUUUUGCGUAGAAAUCAAAAAUGAAAUUAUGUCCACAUUUCGUGUAGAUUGUUAUUGACUGUUCUUCUUUUUUCCCCUUUUCUCUCCCUCUUAACUUUGUUUUCUGUCUGUAAAAAAAAAAUUAUAUCAAAUUUAUGUCAUACAAUGUUUGCUCUGUGAAAAAAAAAGUAAUAAUCUCCUGAAGUUACUCAAUCAGAAACUGUCAGUAAGUCUCAGACAUUUUGUUAUUAUUUACAAUACAGUAAUUUUUGCUCAUGCAUUUACUGUUAUCAGUUCUCAUUCAUUUUAAGUUAUACCUGCUUAUGGCAGCUAAAGGUCUGAUGUGUUCCGACCACUCCAUAUUAUUGCAAUAUUGCAGAAAUAUUGCCUUAUGUAUCAAAAUCUGCUCACCCCAAUUUUCAAGAACAUGUAUAUGGAUGUGUUUUGGUAGAACUUGUGUAGACAGUGGGUGUAUGGCAAAAUGUAUGUACCAAUAUGGAGAACUCAAAAUAUUCUUGCAUAUAUGUUAUCUUAAACACAAAAUGGCUUCUGCAGAUGUGUAGUUAAUGGGUUAAGUUUAAAGUUCCAACUGUUAUUUCUGAAUCUUUGUUAGAAUUC